UUUCUCUAAAACAAAAUUUAUAUAUACUCUUAUAUUGUUUUACUUUAUUGUAUAAUAAAACAAAAUCAAUUGAAUUUAACUUGAACGUAAAACAAAAAGCGCGAUUGAACAGAAAACCAACCUAGAAACGCUCCACCGAUUGAAAAUUCACAACCACCGAUUGAAGAUUCACAACCACCAAAAACCUAGAUUCACAACCAUGGAUUGAAGAUUCACAACCACCGAUUGAAGAUUCACAUCCACAGAAGUUAUUCUCGCCGUUCUUCUGAGUACGUAGACGACGACGGUGAUUCUCGCCAUUCUUCUAGCACGCUCUAUUAAUUGAAUUUUUGUUGUUUCGACAUGACUGUUGCAAAAAUCUCUUGAAACAUGGAGCUUUUUAUCUUGCACACAUAGUGUUUGAUAAAAGCUCUCAACCAAGUCCUUUCUUUUUCUUUUGACGCUGGAUUUUUGUGUUGUUGUUAUUAUUUGUUGAAGGUGAUGGUUGUUAGUUAACAGUAGUUUGUUUUGUUUGAAAAAAGAGAAAACUCAUGUGAGGAAGGUGAUGGUAUGAGAUAUGGUUUAUGUGAGUAUUGGUGUGGGGGCUGUGUUCAAAGUAGAGGAGAAGUGAUUUGUGCUGAACAACAACUGCAGGUUGUUUUUCACGGUUUCAAUUGCCUUCACUGAGUUUUUUUUGGUUAGUUUUUGUGUGUGAAAAUUAGAUCUGUUAUGCUUUUGUUUUGUGCAUGGUGUUCUGACUGUUCUCUGUUUUUGGUGGAUUUAUUUGGUGUUUUGAUGAAGAACUUUUUAAAGCCAAACUAGGAAAAUGUGUUUAUAAGCUUUAGUUUUCAGUGGAUUUAUUUGGUGAUGGUUCAAUUCAGAAGCUUGAUGUUCAGAAGCACUUGAAGAAUUUGAACAGGCCACCAGUUAAGUCCAUCAAGGUAGUGCCACUCUUUUUCUUAGCUUUUUGUUUCCUUUUUACUCUGUUACUUUUUCAUUGAUUACAUAAUGGUUUUUUUCUCUUUUCUAAUUGGGAUUUGUAAUAAAGAAAACUUUUUUGGGUUUUAAAGGAACUUUAAUCCUUGGGAGUUAGGAGGUUUUUUUAGUCUUUUUUACUAGAAUAAUGAACAACCUCAGCUAUUGUUCUCAAUUUAGAGCAGGAUCUUAGUGGAAGAUUCCUUAUUCAAUCUGUUAGAAAUUGUCCUUGGGAGAGAGGGUGAAGUCCUGUGUUAUUAAUUUUGUAGUUCUGUCAAAGGCCAAAAAAUGAGGUACUAAAUUAUGUUUUAUUAAUUUUGCCGUCGGUUAGAGUUCUGUCAGUUAUGGUUCUCUCUAAUUCAAGAGGUUAGUCAAUGUAGUUACAACCAAUUGUGAAGGAACCAUUCACCACCGUCGAACCUUCUCCGGCAGCAGCAAUGGCGACUCGUGAUGGCGGUAUCAAGUCUUCAUCAAUUAAUGGUGUAAAAAUGUACACAAUAGCUUCACAGCAAUCCUCACUUGCUUCAUGGGUUCCAACUAAAGAGCAAUCUCGCCACCCUGUCAAAAGUUGUACUCAAAACGUGCAGCUUAUUGAAGACUUGAGGUUCACUACUGCAACAACAAAGAUUAAAGCAACUCUUGAUAGCGAGUUUGUCAUUGCUUCAGGUAUAUAUCCGCCGCAAGUAAAGGUUUAUGAGGUCAGGGAGUUCGGACUGAAAUUUGAAAGACAUUUGGAUUCAGAGAUCAUUGAUUUUCAGGUACUAUUCACUAACAUGAGUGCUUAUGAAGAUUAUAUGACACAUAAGGCAACAACAUUUGGCAUGAAAAGUGUCAUUUACGUAUCACAAAUCAAAUCAGAUACGGUCGCAGCAUUAUCUGCAUUCUGUGAUAAGGCCACCAUGGGUGUUUUGGUUGCUCCAACUCUUUCAAUAGGAUCAAUAUUAUUACAGCAGGCUGCAAUUUCAGCUUCUUUUCACUACCGCAACGUCGAAAUCGUGGAAUCCAAGGAUAAUGCAAAUGAUCUUCCAUCAGCAUAUGCAAACCAUAUUGCGAACAAUCUCUUUAAGCUCGGUGAAAUCUAUAACAGAGAAGAAGAUUCCUCAACAGAUGUUUUGGUUUUGCAUUCCCUUGAACUCUUACAAACUAUGCCGCCAAAAAAGUCCAAGAAGAAGAAUAUAUCUACUCAACAUGAAGAAGUCACUCAACCUUUGAAUUUUGAUUUGUAAUUUUUUUUCUUUUUGACUUGGUUGACAAAUGAUUAGUAAUAGCUUGGUUAUUUGAAUCAUUUUUAGUAAUGUGACUAUAUAAGUAUUUGUUACGUAACAAAUUUAACAAUUUGAA